CUGGUGGAGCGAAGGGUAGCGACCUUUGACCUCACUGAUGCCUUCCGUCGUUGACCCAAUACCUAGGCCUGAUCGCGCUGCCAGAGCGUGCUGCCCACGCUUGGCAUCCCCAGCAGGAGAAAGUGCGCCGUAUAUAUAAAUAUGUUGGCAAGGCGAAUGUUUGUUAGUCCCAUCUCCUCCUCCAGUCCCUUUCGGAGAUCUCCUGAGUACGUCGCCAUGAAGACGCAGCUGCUCUUAACCUUCACCAUCAUGGGAGUGGCUAUAGGAUCACCCUUGGCCCAAGAUGGUAGCGGCGACGGCUACCGCAUACAGUCUCCCAUUCUUGUGCCCUCUGGAAUCUUUAGUGCACCUACAGUGCCUCCAUCCCCACCUCCAGUCCCUUCACAAGCUCUUCCAGCCCCAACUCCAAUCUCUUCACCUGGUCGUCCAGCCCCACCUUCGAUCCCUUCACCUGCUCUUCCAGGCCCACCUUCCAUCCCUUCACAAGCUCUUCCAGCCCCACCUCCAAUCUCUUCACCUGCUCUUCCAGGCCAACCUUCGAUCCCUUCACCUGCUCUUCCAGCUCCACCUUCAAUCUCUUUAGCUGGUCGUCCAGCUCCACCUUCAGUCCCUUCAUCUGUUCGUCCGACUGAUCAGCUGUACUCCACACCCAAUCAGCAACAACUGCAGACGGAACAAGAGCUUUCUGCGACACAAGAACUGGAGAAAUUUUCUGGUUCGACUUUCAGCGACCCUGUUGGAUCCCCUGCACCCCCACCACUACCAUCACAGAUGAAGGGCAUGCCCUACGAGUUUGAGUGGAAUGUGAAUGACAUAGAAAACGGCCUCGUGUACGGUCAUCAGGAGAGCUCAGAUGGCACAGUAGCACAAGGAGAAUACAGAGUUCUCCUCCCUGACGGACGUCUCCAAAUUGUGACCUUUGAAGACAGAGGACAAGGAUAUCAGGCCCAAGUCACUUAUCAGGCCUAUAAUGUGUAAAAGACAUCAGCACAAAGGGGGACCAUGACUGUCAGUCACCAAAAAAUUAUUAUUAUUUUUUUACAGAAUCUGGACAGGACAGGGCAAAAUUUACGAAAAAUUAUUGUGGAACGGUAUACUUGAGCUUUAUCUAAUUUCCAAAGUUAUGAAAAUUAUAAGCUGUAUCCUUUCAGGAGAGUAUAAUCAUUUUUAAUGAAAAAUUUACUUUAAAAUUUUUUUGAAAACUAAGCUUUAGGCUCUUAAUCGUUUAUGUAGACUACACGGAAGUGUGAGGAUAGAUUUGAUAGUUCAGUUCUACCGUGGAAGUAAUUAGGAGCUUUAGUAAAUACAGUACGUGUAAACCAGUCAAACAAAAUAUUUAGCAAAAUACCACCCAUCAUGCAUUGCGACUGCAUGACCCGUCCUGAAUAAAUACCAUUGCCAGUUCUUCAUUUAAACAAACUUAAAAAUUACAGCAGUUGGUCCUCAAAUAUGCCUUACUAUUAUGAAAUUGAACACUCGAGUAGAGAUAGUCUCUGCUGAGGGUUUCCCUGGAUCGUUUCUUGGCUUAUUUAUAUAAAUACUACUUCACAAAAAAAUUUUACACUGUUAUUCUAAUGCAAAGUGCAUCUUAUUUGUCAUUUACUUUGACUUUGUUUUUUAUUGUCAGUUUGUUAACUUUUUAUAAUGUUUAAGAGAUGAAUGACAUUCUCCCUGUCUGGUAUGGGGAGCUGUGCACUAUUGUUGUUGUUGUUGAUGAAUUUUAUUUUCUGUAAACUUAUGUCACUGUAUGACAGUAAUGUUGAGAGCUAUAUAAAUCAAUGAUAAAAUA